AUGGGACUUUCUUCUUUAACCUUCUGUUGGGCGCUCCUCACCCUGGCGCCGGCUCUCACGGUGCUGGCGUUCCCAGAUGAGACCCUGGACAAAGUCCUCAAGUCCGAGGGCUACUGCAGUCGCAUUCUACGCGCCCAGGGCACUCGCCGGGAGGGCUACAAUGAGUUCAGCCUCCGGGUAGAAGGGGACCCGGAAUUUUAUAAGCCGGGUAACAGUUACCGGGUGACUCUCUCUGCUGCUACUCCCUCCUACUUCAGGGGUUUCACCUUGAUUGCUCUCAAAGAGAACAAAGAGGGAGAUAAAGAGGAAGACCAUGCUGGGACUUUCCAGAUCAUAGAUGAAGAAGAAACGCAAUUUAUGAGUAACUGCCCUGUGGCUGUCACCGAAAGCACACCACGGAGGAGGACACGAAUUCAGGUUUUUUGGACGGCUCCACCUGCUGGUACAGGCUGUGUGAUUCUAAAGGCCAGCAUUGUACAAAAGCGCAUAAUUUACUUUCAAGAUGAGGGCUCUCUUACGAAGAAACUCUGUGAACAAGAUUCAACAUUUGAUGGGGUGACUGAUAGACCAAUCUUAGACUGCUGUGCAUGUGGAACUGCUAAAUACAGGCUCACAUUUUAUGGAAAUUGGUCAGAAAAGACUCAUCCAAAGGAUUACCCACGCCGGGCCAACCACUGGUCAGCCAUUAUUGGUGGAUCACACUCCAAGAACUACGUGCUGUGGGAAUAUGGAGGAUAUGCUAGUGAGGGAGUUAAGCAAGUUGCAGAACUGGGAUCUCCAGUAAAAAUGGAAGAAGAAAUUCGGCAGCAGAGCGAUGAGGUUCUCACCGUCAUUAAAGCCAAAGCACAGUGGCCAGCCUGGCAGCCUCUCAAUGUGAGAGCAGCACCAUCAGCAGAAUUCUCUGUGGACAGAACUCGACACCUAAUGUCCUUCCUGACCAUGCUUGGUCCCAGCCCAGACUGGAAUGUCGGCUUGUCUGCAGAAGACCUCUGUACCAAGGAAUGUGGCUGGGUUCAGAAAGUGGUCCAAGACCUAAUUCCAUGGGAUGCUGGCACUGACAGUGGAGUGACCUAUGAGUCACCCAAUAAGCCAACAAUUCCUCAAGAGAAAAUCCGGCCUCUGACAAGUUUAGAUCACCCUCAGAGUCCUUUCUAUGAUCCUGAGGGAGGUUCCAUCACUCAAGUAGCAAGAGUUGUCAUCGAGAGAAUUGCAAGAAAGGGGGAACAAUGCAACAUCGUGCCUGAUAAUAUUGAUGAUAUCGUGGCUGAUCUGGCUCCAGAAGAAAAAGAUGAAGAUGACACCCCUGAGACCUGCAUCUAUUCCAACUGGUCCCCAUGGUCAGCCUGCAGUUCAUCCACAUGUGACAAAGGCAAGAGGAUGCGACAACGCAUGCUGAAAGCUCAGCUUGACCUCAGCGUUCCAUGCCCUGACACACAAGACUUCCAGCCAUGCAUGGGUCCUGGCUGCAGUGAUGAAGAUGGCUCCACCUGCACUAUGUCAGAGUGGAUCACCUGGUCACCAUGUAGCAUCUCCUGUGGUGUAGGGAUGCGCUCCCGGGAGAGAUACGUGAAACAGUUCCCUGAAGAUGGCUCUAUAUGCACUGUGCCUACUGAGGAAACAGAGAAGUGCACUGUCAAUGAGGAAUGCUCUCCCAGCAGUUGCCUCACCACUGAAUGGGGAGAGUGGGAUGAAUGCAGCGCGACCUGUGGGAUGGGAAUGAAAAAGCGACACCGAAUGAUCAAGAUGAGCCCGGCAGAUGGGUCCAUGUGCAAGGCAGAAACCAGCGAGGUGGAGAAGUGCAUGAUGCCAGAGUGCCAUACCAUCCCUUGCUUGCUGUCUGCAUGGUCGGAAUGGAGUGACUGCAGUGUGACCUGUGGGAAGGGAAUGAGGACCCGCCAAAGGAUGUUGAAGUCUCUCGCUGAGCUUGGAGAUUGUAAUGAAGAGCUGGAGCAGGUGGAAAAGUGCAUGCUGCCAGAGUGCCCCAUUGACUGUGAGCUCACCGAGUGGUCCCAGUGGUCCGAAUGUAACAAGUCAUGUGGGAAAGGCCAUAUGAUCAGGACCCGGAUGAUAAAGAUGGAGCCACAAUUUGGAGGAGCUCCCUGUCCAGAAACUGUGCAACGGAAAAAAUGCCGAAUUAGGAAGUGCUUGAGAAACCCAUUGAUCCAGAAAAUGCGCUGGAGAGAAGUCCGUGAAAACAGGAGGAGUGAAUCCAUGAAAGAAGAAAUUGAUGGUGAGCAGUACCCAGGCUGUAGGAUGCGCCCAUGGACCGCCUGGUCGGAAUGUACCAAACUGUGCGGGGGUGGGAUUCAGGAGCGCUACAUGACUGUAAAGAAGAGAUUUAAAAGCUCCCAGUUUACCAGCUGCAAAGACAAGAAGGAGAUAAGAGCAUGCAACGUUCACCCCUGUUAGCAAAACACUGGCCUAAGAAGUUUACACACUCUGGGCUCGAUGGAAAGUUGGUUUUGGGUUUGGGUUUUUUUUUUAAAGAAAUGCAAAUUGUGUAUAUUAGUUUUCAUUUUUGCAGUGUGGUUUGCUUACUAGGCUUGCUGGCGCAGGCAAUGAGUCCCUUUUAAAAAUACUUCCUCAGAGACGUACGCUGGGCAUCAUCUCCCGGAGCUCCAGCAGCCCUUUAGUGCAGAAAAAAAAAAAAAGAAAAAUCCUAGUGGGUCAUUGUGGGUCACUGAAUUACUAAAACAGAUUGUGUCCAUGACUGUACAGGAGAAGUAGACCAGUGUCCUAGGAGAGAAAGAGGAAGGGGAAAGGGAAGAAAGAUGGAAGCAAGGAAACUUGUUUCAUGUGGAGAAGCAUCUGUGUAUUUGAACCCGAAUUAAUGCUGCCUAAGCAGUGUGUGUCGGUGACAGCCCGAGAGUAUGGAAGGGUCAGAAUUCAAUCUCUGCCAGACCAAAGGCACCACUCUCCUUCUCUCCCCUGGGGUAAACCGAUCUUCUUCAGGACGAUGGUCCAUUUCUAGUAUCUUUGUUAUUAACUUUCUCUUUGGAUCUCCUUCGGUUGGCAGGUCUUAUGUGGAGACAUCAGCAAUUCCGUUGCAUUAAUUUUCUUUUCGAUUAAGAAAUAACAAAACACAUUUAUUUUUAUUAUAUUCAACUCAACAGACAAGAGUCAUUAAAUGCAGACCAUUUGCAGGGUCCAUAGUUGGCAAAUGGAGUAGGGAGGGAGGGUGCAAAGAUAAAAAAAUGUGAUAAACUCUGCCUCCCAGGAUCUUACCAUUUUUUAGCAGUGGGAAUAAGAGACAGUAUUACCGAUAAACAAAUUGGCCAAUGGUUCAUAUUGUAAACACUGGUUAGAAAUGGCUGGAUUUUUUUAAAGACACUUUUUCUUGAUCUCUGUGUUACAUUUCUUUUAGAAGCCAACCUUUUAACCUUUUUGACAUAGGGAUGUACCCUCCUGUACUAUCUUCAUGACAUCAGAACUGUGGAGGCUGCCCUGGGUCCUCCUGCCCCUCAGAUGGUCAAC